AUGCUUGAAGUGGCUUUAACCCUGAUUGACACUUGGUGUAAAGAGAAUAACUACAUUAUUUCUGGAUAUUAUCAAGCAAAUGAGCGUUCAAAGGAUUCAAGAGUCAACCAAGUUGCGGAGAAAGUGGCUUCCAGAAUAUCCGACAACUUUAGUGAAGCUGCAAUUGUUAUGGUGGAUAACAGUAGAUUAACUGUUAGUUGCUUUGAACCUAUAGUUAACAUCUAUGAUCAUCAUGAAAACAAAUGGAAACACAGAGAUGUUACAGUAGACUCAUUUGAAGACUGGAAUGAAGCACAGAAGAUUACGUCAGCUUUGCUUGAGAGCCGAUGCUAUGAAAAUCUUAUAGACUUUGACAAUCACUUGGAUGAUCUACGAAAUGACUGGACCAAUCCUGUGAUCAACAAGUCUGUCUUAGAUCUCUGCUAA